CGUUUCAUAGGUGGAGGAAAGCAACAUGAAUGUGAACAUGUGUAGUUAGGCAUGACCUGAAAUUCUUCUGCUAAUUCUAAACCGUGUUGAUUUUUUUUUGGUCCAAAUGUACUGUUAUAGGGGCCAGUGGUUAUAUUAACGUGCGUAUGAGGGAGAAGAAGUGAGAGAGAAAACAUGGAGAAGAGUGAGGGAGAUAUGGCGAGUAAGAAUUAUGAGAAUGGAACGUCUGAGAAGAAUGAGAGAGAAGUAGUUAUGGAUAAAACUGAGAAUGGAGGGUUAGCUAUAGAAAAGACUGAGAUCAAUGGAACCCUGGAGCUGGAUAUGAAAGCAGUUAGUAAAAAAGAACCUGAGAUUAACUACAGAGGAUGGAAAGCCAUGCCUUUCAUCAUAGGUAAUGAAACUUUUGAGAAGCUGGGAGCUAUUGGCACACUGGCCAAUCUGUUGAUCUAUCUAACUUCUGUCUUCAACAUGAAGAGCAUAACUGCUGCAACAAUUAUCAAUAUCUUCAAUGGCACCACAAACUUUGGCACUAUGCUUGGAGCUUAUCUUUGUGAUACUUACUUCGGUCGCUAUAAGACGUUGGGAUUCGCUACAAUCACUUCUUUCUUGGGGCUGCAAACAAUUCAAUUAACCGCGGCAAUCCACAAAUUGCAUCCUCAUCACUGUGCAGCAGAGAGUGCGACAUGCGAAGGGCCAACAGUAGGGCAAAUGGCAUUUCUGUUGUGCGGGUUUGGACUAAUGAUAAUAGGGGCCGGUGGUGUCCGGCCAUGUAACUUGGCAUUUGGCGCGGAUCAAUUCAAUCCUGAAACAGAAUCAGGAAAGAAAGGUAUCAAUAGCUUCUUCAAUUGGUACUUCUUCACCUACACUUUUGCCCAGAUGGUAUCCUUGACCUUAAUUGUGUAUGUGCAAUCCAAUGUGAGUUGGGCUAUCGGUUUAGCAAUUCCAGCACUUCUAAUGUUUAUAGCAUGCGUUCUCUUCUUCAUGGGUUCAAAAAUAUAUGUCAAAGUGAAAGCCACCGGUAGUCCAAUGACUAGUGUAGCCCAGGUUAUAGCGGUUGCAAUCAAGAAAAGGCGACUAAAACAACCAGACCAUCCUUGGCUCUCUCUUUUUAAUUAUAUUCCUCCUACUUCUAUCAACUCCAAGCUCCCUUAUUCACAUCAAUUCAGAUUUCUAGACAAAGCAGCAAUAGUAACCCCUGAAGACAAAAUAAACCCCGACGGUUCGCCGGCGAAUCCUUGGAAACUGUGCUGUAUGCAGCAAGUGGAAGAAGUGAAAUGCAUUUUCAGAGUGCUUCCAAUAUGGGCUGCAGCUCUUGUGUACCAUGUUGCCAUUGUUCAACAACAAACUUAUGUAGUUUUCCAAGCCCAGCAAAGUGAUAGACGUCUUGGAAACACCAACUUUAAGAUUCCAGCAGCAACUUACGUCGUCUUCUUCAUGCUGUCCCUGACUCUUUGGCUACCUAUUUAUGACAGAAUUGUAGUCCCAUGUCUCCGGAGACUCACCGGAAAAGAAGAAGGCAUCACACUGCUUCAAAGAAUGGGCAUUGGCAUAGCUCUAUCUGUGAUAACCAUGAUAAUAUCAGCCAUUGUUGAAGAGCACCGGAGGACUGUAGCUCUGACCAAGCCAACUCUCGGGAUUCAACCGAGAAGAGGUGCCAUUUCAUCGAUGUCAGCUAUGUUUCUGGUUCCUCAGCUUGCACUAGCUGGACUUGCAGAAGCGUUCGCGGCCGUUGGACAGGUGGAAUUCUAUUACAAGCAAUUCCCAGAGAACAUGAGAAGCAUUGCGGGGUCUCUCUUCUACUGUGGUAUCGCAGGUUCAAGUUAUUUGAGUAGUCUAUUAAUUGGUGUAGUUCACAAAACAACAGAAAAAGCUGCAACUGGAGAUUGGUUAGCUGAAGAUCUUAACAAGGGAAGAUUAGAUUAUUACUAUUACGUGAUUGCUGCUUUCGGGAUUUUGAAUUUUGGCUAUUUUUUAGUAUGCUCCAGUUGGUACAAGUACAAAGAGACUGGCUCCGACACCAUUAAAGCCAAUGGAGAGAAAAAGCAAUCAGAUAAAACUUUAGUUUGAUGUUUAUGUUCAUAGGAGAUAGCAUUCAUGGAGAUGUCAGAUGAUAGUGGCAGGAGUUCACACAGCCUUAGCCUAUGGAGGUUUCUUAGCAACUUAUGUAUGAUACAUUUACAUUUUCAGUUUUUAGGAAACAUAAGAAGCUGAUUAGUGACUCCUGGUUCCACUUAAUAAUCAUUUCCUCGAAUAAAAAGACGAAUAUUUUUUUCAA